AUGGAGGAAUUAAGGCAAGCAACGAACAAUUUUGACAUGGAUAAUACUAUUGGGCAUGGAAGUCACGGAACAGUUUACACUGGGCUGAUCAAGGACAUGCCCGUUGUGAUCAAAAGGGAGUGGUGUAGUCCCCAACCUAGAUUCUUGGAUGAGGUACACACAAACAAAAAAUUGGUUUCUUACAUCCAACAUAAAAAUUUGGUUAAUCUGCUCGGUUAUUGUUGCGACGACGAGAACCAAUCGCUCGUCUUUGAGUAUAUGGUCAACGGUAGCGUCCGAGAUUAUCUAGAGUCUAGCGACUUAACGUUCAAGAAAAGAAUAUCUAUAGCUCUUGAUGCAGCCAAAGGGUUACUACACUUGCACAACUUAGAUCCUCCAGUACAACACAAGAGAUUUACGGCGAGUAAAGUUUUGCUCGAUGCCAACCUCAAUGCCAAGGUAUCAGAUGGGGCAAUGUUGGGACUGCUUCAAGCAAGUGAUAUUCAUCUCGCUAAUCCAAGAGGUGGUUCAGAGGAGACAAUUGAUGUGUAUAGCUUCGGGUUGUUCCUUCUAGAGCUUAUCACCUGUCAAAACCCUGGACUGUUACAAUCAGACUAUGAAGUUUUACAAUGGAAUAUACCUGCAGAAACAUUCACGAGACCAUCGUUCCAAGCUUAUCUGAUAAUUACGUCGGAAUGCUUGGAAUAUCCCCCGAUAAAUCGCCCAAAGAUGGAUGUGGUCGUGACCGAGCUUGAGACGAUUUACCUUAAUGUCAUCAGUGAGAACCAUGAGGUUUCUCUAGGAAGUGAGCUUUUUAACAUAACCAUUGAGUAA